AUGGCGGUUAUAGCGCUGGUGACGAGCGGCGACAGGAGGAUAUACGCGCUUCCUGGACAGCCGGCUGACGUGGAGACGGUGUAUGGAGGGGGAUAUCAAGACGAAGAUGAGGAGGAGCCUGAGUUGUCUGCCGCUAUGCAGCUCCCUGUCGAAUAUUUCGCAUCUCUGGAUCGCCCACUGCUCACGAGCAUGCUGAAGCAAGGUGGAUGGUGGAGCAGCAUGAUGAAUAUCCUAUCGCCUAUGAGAUCUACAACCAUGUCGAACCUAAGCCGCGAGACCAUCAUGAGCAAGUGGCUUUCGAGAGAGUGCAGCCUCUUGAGCUCGGAGAAGCCUGCCUUUGUUGAAGUCGGCCAUACAGACUUUAGCGCUGCGGUGCCCAGGUCGCUGCCGGGCGAUAUGCGUGGAGCGAUGAGUUUUACAGUCAGCCUGUGCGGCAAGUUCUUGAUGGCGGUGCAUGGCCGGAUUGUUUAUAUAUAUGAGCUUAAUCAUGUGUGUUUUCCAGAGAGGCUGUUGUGGUCGCUUCCGAUUCGACGCAGACAGGGGCUGCCGCUGGGACUGCUGCGGCUGGUGGCGAGGAUCUUGUGUCCGAAGAGGGUGAUUUAUUGCAGUAUGGAUACCUCGUCGGAGAGAUAUGCUGUGGCGUUUCUGAUGGAGGGCCGGGUUGGCAUGGUUUGCGAUAUCUUGACUGAGAGGACGGGCACUUCGAGUCCUGCGUCGAGCUCGGCCAAGGCAAAUGAAUCACCGGCAGCCGCAGAAUCUGCAUCUAGAUCUAGGUCUGGGUCUGGAUCUCGAGUAUCGUCUGCAUCAGCAUCGUCGCUAUCAUCGUCGACACAAUGUAUCUGUCAUGAGCGACUGGUAUGCCGCCCAGUGCCGUUGGAAGAUGGCCCAAGAUCAGUAUAUCGCAACAUCUGCCAUUCAGAUGAUCCUCCGCGCGCAGUUGCCAUAUGUCCUCAGAGAAAAUGCGUGGCUUUUGGAUGUGGUUCGGGAAUUGAGCUACACUGGGUUGACGCCAUGACUGGCCAGAAUCUCAGCAGAUGGUUUCCGCUUACAUCUCCAAGCGACUUUCUCUAUUUCCUGCCGCCACGAAGGGGAGUAGACACGCCGAGGAAACUGAGGCUGAUUAGCUCGGCCGCCGGCUUGGGAGAUGCUAUGGACUUGCUAGAUGGUAUUCUUCAUGGCUUCAGUACAUCGUUAUUGGGCUCCGGGAUUACAGCGACGGUAUCAUCUCUGGAUCCUGAGCCUUGGCAUGCGCGGCGUGGAUAUGAAAUGCCAUUUGCGACCAGCGGAUCGAGCCAAGAUGCCGAUAUGGAUCCGGACGAAGCUCUCCUGAGUACGAAUGUGCCGCGAGAUAGCCCUCUUCGGCGGCUUGCUGCUGCGAGCGCGGACCAUUUCCGCGCGGUGCCAUUGAGUGAUGGCCAUCACAUCCUCUUUACCGACCCUCGUACCGGAAACCUAUGUUUGGGAUCUGAUGCUCCUGUGGGCUCUCUUACUCGUCUCCUUCGCAAGAUCUGGUUUCGCCCUCCCCCACAAGCAUACUCACCUGUACCCCUAUUGUAUGCUGUUGGGGCUGAUAUAAGACAUGGGGUUCGCGUGGUUGCGACUUUUGCGGCCAGGCGACAAGAAGGAGAGUUUGAGUUGUCCGAUAUAGGCCCAAGAGGUCUUGAACAUGGGGACUCCAAACGACAGCUUAUUGUUUUUUAUACAGUUCCACCGGACAUCUUUUACGAUUUGCGCCGCAAGGAUUCUGAGACUAGAUUUACUGGACAUUAUUCUCCUGAAAUCCUAGAAACAAGGCGCUCCGAUUCGAGAUACGGCCCCAUUGACAUAUUUGGCGACCCCUUUGGAGAGAACUCGGUUUAUCCACUGGAAAUAGCUGGACAUGUGAUGGCAACUUGUGGGAAUCUGACAGAAAUUGCGUUGAACUCUUGUCCAAACUUGAUUAUUUGGGCUUUUGCUGCGGAAGGAUGGGCCAAGACUUGGGUGUUGGAUACGGGGAGACGUGAGACUAUCGUGCGGUCUGCUGCUCAACGAGACGGGAGUAUCAGACAAGUCGAUGCUGAUGGCGAUGUCAUCAUGGUUGACUCUAUGCCCUCGACGGGUUCGUCUUCUGAGAUGAGUUCCCUGGACUUUAACCUCUUUGAUGGCGCUCCGAUCAGCGACACGGAUGGCGAGCCGGUAAGGGGCAAGACGACGACGGUACGGCGCUGCCAUGGCAAGAGACAUCAUGUGCGGGGGGAUAUUUGGGAGAUGCAAGACCACAUGGACGAUACCCUGAGUAUAGAUUUGGUGGAGGAGGUGGGCAGCAUUACGAGGCUGGAUAUUGAGCUCUUGACCUAG